AGAUAAAUGCAGUAGAGAGGUGUAGGUUACAAGAAACAACCCUGUCCUGAAUAAUUACAAUUUGUCUUCCCUUUUGUACAUCACUUUUCACAUUCCUGACUGUAAGAUAAGUGCUGAUAUUGUAGCAGGAAAUGUGACUGUCCUUCAAAUAGUUUAUAAAGAUAUCACUGCAACUGCAUUCUCUGCUGUCUGCUGACAACUCUUCUUGACACUUACAGGGGACUGACGAACAGGUCGCACAACAUCAAGUGAAUGAUUUAAAUCAACAUUUGGAGAUGGUGACUGUUUAUACUGCAAAUAUGGAGGUCCAGAGUUUGGCCAUGCGGCGUGAAUUACAGGAAGUUACUGCAGAAAGAGAUCAGUUGAGGCAAAAAGUAAAUAAAAUGAGGCAAGAGAUGACUGAAAUGCAAAAAAACUUUGAGAAUGUUGUUAAUUCAAACAAAGACCUUGAGUUGAAGAUGGUCUCAAUAACAGAGCGAGUGAUACAUCUAGAAAAGCAGUCAGAAAGUGCUGCAAAGAAAGAUAUUGUUGAACGUCAUGAUAGAGAUGUGAGAACAAUUCAGACAUCUCUGACGCAGGUUCGAGCCCAGGUGGUACAGUUGGAGAGACUAAGCUUAAAUGAAGGUCGUUCUGGUUCUGGAUCAGGAGAAAGUGCUUCAGGUAAAUGAAUACACUCGAAACCUGUUAUAACCACUGCGGGGAAUCACAUGAUCAAAAUAAUCUCUAAAUCAAAAUAAUAUGGGAUAAUACUGACGCAUCUUUUGCUGUAAAUCUAAAAUAUAGCCUAUCAUAUGGCAACAUAUAUGUAUCCUAAAACUACAUAGAUUUCAAUCACAAUCACCUUCUGAUUAUCUGGAACACUUCAAGAAACUGAUACUUCUUAAUUUCCUUAGUGUUUGUAAUUACAGGAUAUCUAUCAUUAUUGUCAACUACAUGAUAAUUUAACAAUUUUCAUUAGUCAUAUGGUAAGCUAUGUUUAAAUUUCAUAUCUUAUCAUGAAAGGACAUUUGUUCAUAUUCUUCAAAAUAUAACUUUGGUUUAGAGAUUAUUUUGAUCAUGUGAUUCCCCACAGUGAUAAUGCUACUCAAUAUAUUUUCUGGGGUAAAAAAAAAAAAAAAA